AUGUCUGACAUCAUAUUGUUACAAGUUUUAAUUCUAUUUUAUUAAUAAACUUAUACCUAAUAUUUUAAGCAUAUAAUUUGUGUGCUAUAUUUUGUAACACUGAGACACACUGAGAUAAAUAAUACUGAUAAUGAUAAUACUUUGUUUUUAAUACAUACUGUCAUACUGUGUAAAUACCACUAAAAUGCCACUAAAUACCAUCUAAAAUUCUCGUGGAUGGUUAUCUCAUAUGUGGAAGACCCGAAUUGUAUCAGGUAUAAAACAGAAGAAUAUUGUAACUUGGAACUUGAAUAAUGCUGUCCUUUUCUUUCUUUAGCUAGUUUUGAGUGUAGUGAGAAUGGCUGCCGGAACUCUUUACACUUAUCCCGAAAAUUUCCGGGCCGCAAAAACUCUGAUUGCCGCACAAUAUGCCAAGGCAAACGUCAAAGUAGCACCCAAUUUUGUUUUUGGAGAAACUAAUAAAACUAAAGAGUUCACCAAGAAAUUUCCAAGUGGAAAGGUUCCUGCUUUUGAAUCAAACGAUGGCAAGUACCUUCAAGACAGCAACGCCAUCGCUUACUAUGUUUCCAAUGAACAACUAAGAGGAAAAAACGAAUAUGAUAGAGCACAAAUUUUGCAAUGGAUUGGCUUUGCUGAAGGUGAAAUUGUUCCAGCAGCAUGUGCCUGGGUAUUCCCUAUCUUGGGAAUUGUUAAAAAUAACAGUGGUAAUGAUGAGACUUUCCAAAGAGCAAAGGAAGACCUUAAAUCCUCUUUGUCUAUUCUCAACAGCCACUUACUUGCCCACACUUACUUGGUAGGAGAGAGAAUCACUCUAGCUGACAUUGUAGUUGCCUGCAACCUAUUGAAUGCCUACAAAUAUGUACUUGAUCCCAACUUUAGAAAAUCUUUUGGUAACGUCAAUAGAUGGUUCAAUACACUUAUUAACCAGCCACAAUUCAUAGCUGUACUUGGAGAAGUUAAACUUUGCAGUGCAGUUGCUCAACCUGGAACUUUAACUGCUGCAGCUGCAACACCAGCUGCUCACAACAAAGCUAAACCAAAUGGAGAUGCUGAAAUUGUGGAAAAAACUAAUAAGAAAAAAAGUAAAGGUAAGAAGAAGGAAGAAAAGAAACAAGAGAAGAAGCCACAAACACCUAAAGAAAAGAAGGAAAAGGAACAGCCAGAAGAAUUAGAUGCUGCAGAAGCCGCUCUUGCUGAAGAACCCAAGAGUAAGGACCCUUUUUCUGAACUACCUAAAGGAACCUUUGUUAUGGAUGACUUUAAACGUGUCUAUUCAAAUGAAGAAGAGAGCAAAUCAAUUGCUUAUUUCUGGGAAAAAUUCGACCCUGAAAACUAUUCAAUCUGGUAUGGUGAAUACAAAUACCCUGAAGAGCUCUCCAAAGUGUUCAUGAGCUGUAACCUAAUUACUGGCAUGCAACAGAGACUAGAUAAGAUGAGAAAGCAGGCCUUUGCAUCUGUAUGCCUUUUUGGAGAAGACAACAACAGCACAAUCUCCGGUAUCUGGGUAUGGAGAGGACAAGAAUUAGCUUUUACCUUAAGUCCCGACUGGCAAAUAGAUUAUGAAUCCUAUGAAUGGAAGAAGUUAGAUGCCAAAUCAGAAGAAACAAAGAAAUUAGUAGAGCAAUACUUCUCAUGGACAGGUACUGACAAACAAGGUAGAAAAUUCAAUCAAGGAAAAAUCUUUAAAUGAUCUACAUCUAUUUAAUAAAUCUUACAAAAUGCUGUACUGAUCAUGUGAAGCAAGAGAAAUAAAUCCCAAUGUUUUGUUAAUAAUAUUUUUUUAUUAAUAUGUAAUUGUUUUGAUCGAAGCUUAUUCUUUGGGCUUUACUCCCUGAGUUUAUAAGACACUUAAAUAAAUUUAAUAACAAUUUG